CCGCGGGGAGACCGGGCACCGGGGGCCGCGCCAGCCGCCGCGCGCCGCCAUGCGGUUCCGCUUCGGGGUGGUGGUGUCGCCGGCCGUGGCCGGCGCCCGGCCCGAGCUGCUGGUCGUGGGGUCGCGGCCCGAGCUGGGGCGCUGGGAGCCGUGCGGGGCCGUGCGCCUGAGGCCCGCGGGCACCGCGGUGGGCGCGGGGGCGCUGGCGCUGCAGGAGCCGGGCCUGUGGCUCGGGGAGGUGGAGCUGGCGCCCGAGGAGGCGGCGCAGGACGGGGCGGAGCCGGGCCGCGUGGACACGUUCUGGUACAAGUUCCUGAAGCGGGAGCCGGGAGGAGAGCUCGCCUGGGAAGGCAAUGGGCCUCACCAUGACCGUUGCUGUACUUAUAAUGAAAACAACUUGGUGGAUGGUGUUUAUUGUCUCCCAAUAGGACACUGGAUUGAGGCCACUGGGCACACCAAUGAGAUGAAGCACACAACAGACUUCUAUUUUAAUAUUGCAGGCCAUCACGCCAUGCAUUAUUCAAGAAUUCUACCAAAUAUCUGGCUGGGUAGCUGCCCUCGCCAAGUGGAACAUGUAACCAUCAAACUGAAGCAUGAAUUGGGGAUUACGGCUGUCAUGAAUUUCCAGACUGAGUGGGAUAUCGUACAGAAUUCCUCAGGCUGUAACCGCUACCCAGAACCCAUGACUCCAGACACUAUGAUUAAGCUGUAUAAGGAGGAAGGCUUGGUCUACAUCUGGAUGCCAACACCGGAUAUGAGCACUGAAGGCCGAGUGCAGAUGCUGCCCCAGGCUGUGUGUCUCCUGCACGCGCUGCUGGAGAAUGGACACACCGUGUACGUGCACUGCAAUGCCGGGGUGGGCCGCUCCACUGCGGCCGUCUGCGGCUGGCUCCAGUACGUGCUGGGCUGGAAUCUGAGGAAGGUGCAGUACUUCGUCAUGGCCAAGAGGCCGGCUGUGUACAUUGAUGAAGAAGCCUUGGCCCGAGCACAAGAAGAUUUUUUCCAGAAAUUUGGGAAGGUUCAUUCUUCCAGAUGCAGUCUGUAGCUGGCUGACCUGCCUCCAUCCCUCCCAAUUUCCUUAAGGAUGCUGUGGUGAUAUUAGUCCAAUGACCUAGAAACAAAGAUUCUACCUAAACUGAAAGUACUGUGGGUGUGAGCUUCUCCCCCAAGUUGCCCCCUUUUAUCUGGGGAUGAUUUUCUAUUAUGCUUUGUUUGGACUGUAUCUUUGAAAUAUUUUGCAAAGGAAGAUGUGGGUGACACACGAGAAAAGGCCAAAAGCAGCUGGGCUGUGCGUCAGAUGGUAAGGAAGCAUGUGCAGUUCCUGCAUCCUGCAGGCAGAUGAGUCCUUUGUGAUACAGGCCCUGUGUGUGUUGUGUUAUGGAUUCACAAUGGCGCUUUCUUCUUGAAUUGUAACUCCUCGGCAUGCAGAAGAAGAGAUAUGGAGUCACAUGGAUUUCAUCACUAGUGCACACUGGUGCACACACACACACACACACACACACACACACACACAAAUGCACCCUGCUCUUCUGCUGGACUGAACUGAAAUGAUAAAAUUAGAGCUGGUCAGUUGCUGAGGAAGGGAAUAGGGCUGGAUGCCUGGACUGUGACAAAAGAAGAGCUCAACAUGGCCCCAAAGUGAUGGCUUUCUAGACAUUGUUUUUGUAUUCUGCUUUAUAGUUGUUAAAGUCUGUUCAUCACUUUUCUUUCCCACCCAACAACACUGUAUAACAACCAGCAUAGAGUUAUUAUCUAUUUGUUUUAAUUGAGGCUUACUGAGCGUAGGUAGCUUGCCCAAGGUCUCAUGGCUAGACAAAGCUGAGUUGGAGUUUAUAAUCUGUGUUUAUCUGACUCAGUGCUUUUUUCAACGAAGCUUGUUGUUUUUCCAGCGUAGUGCAGUGAAUUCAGUUUCGUGUCUCUCAAGGUAAGGUCAAUAUCCCUGCAGAAGUUUCUACAGUGAGAAAUGGAACAGUGUUCUGAUCAGCUGCCCUAGAAUUUAGGAAAGGAGUUGUAUUUUGUAGAAGCUAAUUUAAAACAUGGUAGACUAUCUCCAAACCAGUGUGGCCUGAGCCAUAGCUCAUGAGCAGGACUAUAUUACCAAAAGAGCCCAAGGAGCCAAAAUCUACAGGUAAUUGUUCCCCAGCUUAGGACAUCCUGGCCCAGCCCCCAGUUUAGUAUAAUACACAGUGUGUCUCCAGAAUAUGCAGUUCAUUUCCCCUCAUUCUACAGGAAACACAAAGAUGAACAAGACUUUGCCCUCAAACCUGUGUUCAACCAACGAAUACAGGAUUGAACUGUGAAUGAUAUGCUAGAAUAGAGGAAGGGGAAGUAUCUUUUUAUUGAGUGCAUCUAUAUGCUAGGAGCUUGAAUUAGUCAACUUUCUGUUGUUAUAACAGAAUAUCUGAAACUAGGUCAUUUAUAACCAAAUGUAAUAAAUUUAUUUCUUACAGUUUGGGAGAAUUCCACAGUCAAGGGGGCACUUCUGGUGAGGUCCUUCUUCUGAGUGGCAAAGAAGGGUACCACAUGGUGAGGAAUGGCAUGAGCAAGAGAGAGCAACCUUCUCACUGACUCUCCAGUAAAGCCAUCAGAACCAUGCCCACUAGUCCAUGAACGGAUCAGUCCAUACACGAGAGCACAGUCCUUGUGAUUUAAUCGUCUCUUAAAGGCCCAUCUUUCAAAAUCUGUAGUAGGAUUUCCCACCCUCAACACUGUUGCAGUGGGAUUAAGUUUCCAACACAUGAACUUUUGGGGGACACAUUUAACCCAUAGCAGUGCUUAGUGCUAUCCAAUUGAAUCUUCACAGUACCUUGUGAGGGAGGUUUCAUUAUCUCCAUUACAAAGAUGAGGAAACUGAGGCUCGGAGAGGUUAAAUCAACUCCCAUAGUCACACAGUGAAAAAAUAGACGAAAUGAGAUACAAAGUUAUAUUCGUCUGACUCAGAGCCCACACUUUUUCUGUGAAGCUGCUGUGCUUAUUUAUUUUUCUGCUUCUUUUCUUCCACAGAUAGAUACUGAGAGACUGGUUUAGGAAGCAUGGGGAGUAGGAAGGGUACCAGGUAAGUUUCAGUGGAGCUCGGAGGAAGGAGACAUAUUUUACAACUGUGGCACUCAGGGGAGAUGAUAUUUGCUUUGGGUAGAGGAGGCUAGACAGGACACAUUUCUCCUACAAUUGUACAAAGUUAAAUUUAUAAGCCAUCAAUGAAUAAUGUGAAGUCCAGUUCCCUUGCUAAAAAUCAAUAGAGACAACUAUUGUAUUCGAGUAACCCAUUUACAGUCAUAGUGUGUUGUGUAAAAUUUAGUCUUAAAAAUGGAAUAUUUUGAAAUAAUUGUGUGUGUGUGUGUGUGUGUGUGGGUGUGUGUGAAUUGCCUUAGUGUCUAAGAAAUCAAGCUGUAUAAUUUCCACUAUAGAAAGACCUUUUUGGGUGGAUUUUUCCCUGUUUCACUUUUUGCUCCGACAGACAAAAUCAGUUUAUGACCAUUAAAGAAUGUUUUGGAAUAA